CGUCGCUGUCCGCGCCCCCGCCAAAUCAGACAGGCGGUCAGCUCCGGCAUUAAAUUUUCCAGAGGAAAAAAGUUGAAACCAUCUACACUGGGCCAUCGCCAGAUGCAAGGACUUUUCCUUCCUGCCCCGCCACCGCUUUCUUCCUUCACCACCUCCAACCAAUCCAAUUCGUCUGCAAAAUGCCGCGUCUCAAGCGCAAGGGCGAGUCUGGUGCUGCCAAAAACUUUGUCACCAGAAACCAGGCCAUCCGAAAGCUCCAGAUCAGCCUUCCCGACUUCCGAAAACUAUGCAUCUGGAAGGGCAUCUAUCCUCGUGAGCCUCGCAGCAAGAAGAAGGUCUCCAAGUCUUCCACUGCUUCUACAACUUUCUACUAUGCCAAGGACAUCCAGUACCUCCUGCACGAGCCUCUUCUGGCCAAGUUCCGCGACCAAAAGGCCCUUGAAAAGAAAAUCUCCAAGGCUCUCGGCCGUGGUGAUAUCGGCGAUGCUGCCCGUCUUGAAGGCAACGCUGUCCGCCCCGAGAAGACUGGAAAGCCCAGCUACACUCUUGACCAUGUCAUCAGAGAGCGCUAUCCUACCUUUGUCGAUGCUCUGAGAGACUUGGACGACUGCUUGUCCAUGCUCUUCCUCUUCGCCAACCUCCCCUCCACCUCCACUGUCCCGGCCAAGAUGAUUGCCAGAUGCGAAAAACUUUGCCUCGAGUUCCAGCACUACAUUAUCAUGUCCCGCAGUCUUACAAAGUCUUUCCUUUCCAUCAAGGGUAUCUACUACCAAGCUAACAUCCAAGGCGAGGAAGUUCUCUGGCUUGUGCCGUACAAGUUCACCCAGCGAGUCGUUGGCGAUGUCGACUUCCGUAUCAUGGGUACUUUUAUCGAGUUCUACAUGACCCUUCUUGGCUUCAUCAACUUUAAGCUCUACACCUCCAUCGGCCUCAAAUACCCUCCCAAGUUUGACGUCACCAAAGAUGCCAACGCUGCUGAGCUCGGCGCCUUUACCCUCGAGGGCAAGACCCUCGUCGGCGAUGAGCAGGCGCAGAAGAAGCUUGAGGAUGCCACCCACCGUCCUGACCCCAAGACGCAGGCCGCUGUCAACAAGGUUCUCAAGACCAUCGAGGCCGCCAAGGAACCCGAAUCGACCGAGGAAGCCAACGCCACCGAAGACCAGGACAAUGCCGAAAACAUAAUCGACAAGUUCGAGCCCGCUGUCGCCGGCGGCGACGUCUUUGCCCAGCCUGCCGCCACUGGCACUAACGGUGGUGCCCUCUUCUCCAACUUCACAUUCUACUUGUCCAGAGAGACACCCCGUCAGCCUCUCGAGUUCAUCCUCAAGGCGUUCGGGUGUAAGCGUGUCGGCUGGGACUCUGUUCUCGGCGAUGGCUCUUUCACUACAGAUGAGAUGGAUCCUUCCAUUACCCACCAGAUUGUCGAUCGUCCUGUCAUCCAAGCCGCCAACGACGAGUCCGGCGACGGCGAAGAUAACCAAACCUCUCAGAAGCUCGCUGCUAACCAGCGUGUUCCUGGCCGCACCUACAUUCAGCCCCAAUGGGUUUGGGACUGCAUCAAUGAUGGUGAGCUGAAGGAGCCUCACAUGUACGGCCCUGGUGUCUCGCUGCCCCCUCAUCUGAGCCCCUUCGUUAAGAACGUCCGCGGAGCUUAUGAUCCUACGAUAUCCCUGGAGGAACAGGAGCCUGAAAACGAAGCCCUGGAAGCUCAGGACGAUGACGAAGACAAUGAUGAGGAGAUCACCGCCGACGGCAUGGAUGUUGCCGACGAUGACGAGGAGGACGAUGAGGACAUGGGUUCUGAAGACGAAGAUGAAAACGAGGAUGAGGAUGAAGAUGAAGAUGAGGACGAGGACGAGGAUGAUCGUCAAAAUGAGCUCGAGGCUGAACUGACAGGCGCUGCUGUCAAGGGCAAGAAGAUGAACCCCAAGACCAAGGCCAAGGAAGAAGCCCUUAAGGCUCUAUCCAAGAAAUCUCGCCAAGAAGCUGAUGACCUGGAGCGUGCCAAGGGUAUGCUUUCCAAGAAGAAGCGCAAGUUGUAUGACCAGAUGAUGUACACCAACAACAAGAAGAGCGCUGAGGACGAAAAGCUCAGAGCCAAGAGAAGAAAGUACGAAAAGGAGCAGGCAAAGGCCAAGGCUGCCAAGAGCAACGGCAAGGCGUAAAGUUUUAUAUAGCAUGUAACUUGGGUGUUUUUUGUUAUUGGUAUGGUGAUUGUUGCUUUGCAAGAAGAAAAAUGACUCGUACAUAGAUUCAAUGUUAAUUUCAUGAUAUUCUACCGUUUUCAAUUCCAAUUGUAUUUUUUUUAUCGAUU